GCCGGGGCGGGCACCGGGAGGGACGGGACCGGGUAGGGCAGGGAGGGCGGUGGCGGAGGCGGGCAGGAUGGGUCUUCGCUGCCGUCUUCGCUGAGACUCGAUCGCGUGGGCUGCCCGCGGCGGGGCCACAGGCGGCCGCGGCGGCAUGAAGGGCGCUCUGGGGAGCCCCGUGGCCGCAGCCGCCGCCGCCGCGAUGCAGGAGAGUUUCGGCUGCGUCGUGGCCAACCGCUUCCAUCAGCUGCUGGACGACGAGUCGGACCCGUUCGACAUCCUGCGCGAGGCCGAGCGCCGGCGCCAGCAGCAGCUGCAGCGCAAGAGGCGCGACGAGGCGGCGGCGGCGGCGGCGGCAGCAGCAGCAGCUGCGGCGGCGGCCGGAGCCGGCGGCCGUGGGGGCCGGAGCGCGGCCGGGGCCUCGGGCCACAGACCCGGCGCGGGCGGCGGGCGCAGGGAGUCCCAGAAGGAGCGCAAGAGCCUCCCGGCCCCCGGCGCUCAGCAGCCAGACAGCCCCGGCGGCGGCCCGCAGCCGCUCGGCCAGAAACGAAUUCCCAGAAGAGGGGAGCAGCAAGGAUGGAAUGACAGCCGGGGCACGGAGGUGACGCUGGACAGAGCAGAGCGGAGACCCUACAGGGAAUAUCGCCCCUAUGAGACCGAGAGGCCGGCGGACUUCGCAGCCGAGAAGUUUACAGAUGAAAAACCAGUGGACAGAUUUGAUCGUGAGAGGCCUCUUCGUGGACGUGGAGGCCCGAGAGGAGGCAUGCGAGGCAGAGGCAGGGGCGCUCCCGGAAACAGAGCCUUUGAUGCUUUUGACCAGAGAGGAAAACGAGAUUUUGAAAGAUACGGUGGGAAUGAUAAAAUAGCAGUCAGAACUGAAGACAACACGGGAUAUGGAGUGCGCACUUGGGCAUCAGGGAAAGACACCAGUGACAUGGAGCCGACCGCCGCAGCAGAAGAGGCCGCAGUGAUGGAGGAGUCCCAGGCCACCCUGGAGGAGGAAACCCCAGCCAAAGUUCCUGAGUUGGAGGUAGAAGAAGAAACUCAAGUUCAAGAGAUGACCUUAGAUGAGUGGAAGAAUCUUCAAGAACAGACCAGACCAAAGCCCGAGUUUAACAUCCGGAAGCCAGAAUCCACUGUCCCUUCCAAAGCAGUGGUGAUUCACAAGUCAAAAUACAGAGAUGAUAUGGUAAAGGAUGACUAUGAGGACGACUCCCAUGUUUUCCGGAAAGCUGCAAAUGACAUCACGUCCCAGCUGGAGAUUAAUUUUGGUAACCUCCCUCGUCCCGGGCGUGGAGCCAGAGGCGGCCCCCGGGGAGGCCGGGGAAGGAUCCGAAGGGCAGAGAACUGCGGACCCAGAGCGGAAGUGGUGACGCAAGACACGGCUCCCAACCCCGACGACCCCGAGGACUUCCCUGCCCUGGCCUGAGGAGACUCGCCUGGCCGGGCUCUGAGAACAAUAGAUGUUGCUUUUCCCGAGCCUGGAUUCCUUGCACUUUGUUUGGUCUGGGUGUGGGAGGCGGCACUGUCCCAGGGAGGGGAGGGCUGGCGGCCGUGUUUGCCGAAGGCACUGCGGGUGGAGUUGAGUGAGGCCUGCGGCGCGCAGACUGGAGGGACUCCCACAGGGAAGCAGCCUGGCAGGCCGGGGGGCGAGCUGCGGGGCCCCCCACUGUGCCCCGCAGUGCAGAGGGCCACGGAGAACGUGACCAACUCAUUUCAAGCAGUCACAGCCUAGUUCUCGGAGACCAGGAAACUAGAACCCAAGCGGAUUCAUGCUGACUUGGAGCUGUCACUGCCAGAGCGCCCGCGCUCUGGGUGCCAUCCAGCAGUGGUCCGAGAGCUGCUGUGCAGCCACUGGCCACCAUCUGUGACAGAAGUGGAAACAAUGGCGAUUUUAAUGGUGAAUUAAACUACCUCGUGGUGCGUGCGUGUGUGUGAGUGACACACACUUAGUGCUCAUGUGCAUAGAGUGCAGGUGGUUUGUAGGCUGAGCAUCGAGUGUGUGGUUUGAAGUCAUGUUGUUUAACCCACAGCCUGAGGAGAAGGGUCUGGCAGAGGCCACACCAAGUCCUUUCCUCCCUCAAAGCUCACGCCAGAAUCCCGCGGCCCGGCCCAGCCAGGCUUGCGUGAACAGCCCUGUGCAGCUUUCCCCCGUGGGCCUCGCCCCACUUCUAAGCUCCUCUGUGGUGGGAAGUUCGGGGCUAGAUGCCGCCACCUCCGAGGUUCGGUCACCCACCCCGAGUCCCACCUGAAACAGCGGAGCUGAGCCCCGGGGCCCAGCAUGUCCCCCACGGAGCCGCGGGGAGCUGGGCCGAUGCCUGCCCGCUUCCCUGACGCCUGCCUGCGUCACAGCUGCACGCUUGCGACGGCGCGGGCCCCUGCUCCCAGUCUGCCCUGUCCCCCACUUUGCUUGCUCCACUGUAAGGUGGCUUUGAACUGGAACCCACGUGCAAAUAAAGGUUGGUAUUCUCUCCUGA